AGAUUCUAUCUUGGUUUAAGAAAUAGAGGAGAGGUUCAGGGGAAGAUCGAAAGGAGGGAAAAAAAAAGAAAAAUGCAGAUCUUCGUGAAAACCCUAACCGGGAAGACUAUAACCCUAGAGGUUGAGUCCAGCGACACAAUUGAUAAUGUAAAGGCCAAGGUCCAGGAUAAGGAAGGGAUACCUCCUGACCAACAGAGACUUAUAUUCGCCGGGAAGCAGCUUGAAGAUGGCCGUACUCUCGCCGAUUACAAUAUCCAGAAAGAAUCAACGCUGCAUCUUGUUCUGAGGCUUCGUGGAGGGAUCAUUGAGCCGUCGUUGAUGGCUUUGGCCAGAAAGUAUAACCAGGACAAAAUGAUUUGCCGCAAGAGUAGAAAUAUAGUGGAUGACCUUAGGGCUUAGGCACUCAUUAUGGCAUCAUAGAG